GUCCUCCCCGGGCUCUUCCUGCGCCGUGUCGCCUCCGCGCGCCCGCCGCCUCCCGCCUCCCGGGGCGCCGCGGACAGACGGGCGCCGAACUGGUUGAGGCUCCGGGGCCGGCGGUGGAUGUGGGAAGAUAAGUUAGUGGAACUGAAAUGGAGGUCAGAACUUCAUUGCCGAAGGUUAGUGGGUCACUGGAUUCUGUGGCUGCACUGAACAGUGAAGACUUUGUCUUGGUUCCUCAGCAUGCAGAAGACACAUCCACAAAAGAGGAUGAAAAACCUCAACUGAAGAUAGUUUCUAAUGGUGGUGAACAAUUGGAAAAAGCCAUGGAGGAGAUUUUGAGAGAUUCCGAGAAAGAGCAAACCUGCGUUCUUGCUGAUUGUCCAAGCUCCAGUGAUGUUUCAGACUGUUACUUUGAAGAUAUUUCAGCCAACCAAGCAAAUAAGCCAUCUCUCCAGUUAAUUUUGGAUCCAUCAAAUACAGAAAUUUCUACACCUCGACCCUCUUCUCCAACUCCAUUACCUGAAGAAGAUAGUGUUUUAUUUAAUAAACUGACCUACUUGGGAUGUAUGAAAGUUUCUUCCCCACGUAAUGAAGUAGAGGCAUUACGGGCAAUGGCAACUAUGAAAUAUUCCAGUCAGUAUCCCCUUCCUGUUACUCUGUAUGUGCCAAAUGUUCCAGAAGGUUCAGUAAGAAUCAUAGACCAAUCCAGAAAUAAGGAGAUAGCAUCUUUUCCAAUCUACAAAGUGUUAUUUUGUGCACGUGGACAUGAUGGGACAACAGAGAGCAAUUGCUUUGCAUUUACAGAAAGUUCCCAUGGUUCAGAAGAAUUUCAGAUACAUGUUUUUUCAUGUGAAAUUAAAGAGGCUGUAAGCAGAAUUUUAUAUAGUUUUUGUACAGCAUUCAAACGUUCUUCCAGACAAGAGUCUGAUGCUAAAGACUCAGUUAUUCCUACUCCCGACAGUGAUGUGUUUACCUUCAGUGUCUCUUUGGAGGUCAAAGAAGAUGAUGGAAAAGGAAACUUUAGUCCUGUGCCCAAGGAUAGAGAUAAGUUUUAUUUCAAGUUAAAACAAGGAAUAGAGAAGAAGGUUGUGAUUACAGUGCAACAACUUUCCAACAAAGAACUAGCUAUUGAAAGAUGUUUUGGAAUGUUAUUAAGCCCAGGUCGAAAUGUGAAGAACAGUGACAUGCAUUUACUGGAUAUGGAGUCCAUGGGAAAGAGCUAUGAUGGACGAGCUUAUGUUAUCACUGGGAUGUGGAACCCCAAUGCACCAAUAUUUCUGGCACUUAAUGAAGAAACCCCAAAAGAUAAACGGGUAUACAUGACUGUGGCAGUGGAUAUGGUUGUUACAGAGGUCGUGGAGCCUGUCCGCUUUCUCCUGGAGACAGUAGUUCGUGUUUAUCCUGCAAACGAACGAUUUUGGUACUUCAGCCGAAAGACUUUCACGGAGACUUUCUUCAUGAGAUUGAAACAGUCAGAGGGAAAAGCUCACACCAAUGCUGGAGAUGCAGUCUACGAAGUGGUGAGUCUCCAGAGAGAGUCUGAAAAGGAGGAGCCUGCCACUCCUACCAGUGGAGGAGGUCCAGUGUCACCCCAGGAGGACGAAGUGGAAGAAGAGAGCGAUAAUGAACUCUCAAGUGGAACAGGUGAUGUGUCUAAGGACUGUCCUGAGAAGAUCCUGUAUUCUUGGGGAGAAUUGCUAGGAAGAUGGCACAGUAACCUUGGUGGACGACCAAAAGGGCUGUCCACUCUGGUGAAAAGUGGCGUUCCUGAGGCAUUGAGGGCAGAGGUCUGGCAACUGUUAGCAGGCUGCCAUGACAACCAGACAAUGUUGGAUAGAUACCGACUUCUCAUCACAAAGGACUCAGCCCAGGAGAGUGUUAUUACUCGGGACAUUCAUCGUACAUUUCCUGCACAUGACUACUUUAAAGACACUGGAGGGGAUGGCCAGGAGUCUCUUUACAAAAUCUGUAAGGCCUACUCUGUCUACGAUGAGGACAUUGGGUACUGUCAAGGACAGUCUUUUCUUGCUGCUGUAUUGCUACUUCAUAUGCCAGAGGAACAAGCAUUCUGUGUUUUGGUGAAAAUCAUGUAUGACUAUGGUUUACGAGACCUUUACAAAAACAACUUUGAAGAUCUUCACUGCAAAUUCUAUCAGUUGGAGAGACUAAUGCAGGAGCAGUUACCGGACUUGCAUAGUCACUUCUGUGACCUGAAUCUGGAAGCUCACAUGUACGCAUCCCAGUGGUUCCUCACCCUCUUCACAGCCAAGUUUCCCCUCUGCAUGGUCUUCCACAUCAUCGACCUGCUGCUCUGUGAGGGUUUGAACAUAAUCUUUCAUGUAGCCUUGGCUCUCCUGAAGACCUCAAAGGAAGAUCUUCUGCAGGCUGAUUUUGAAGGUGCUUUGAAGUUCUUCAGAGUUCAGCUUCCAAAGAGAUACCGGGCAGAGGAAAAUGCGAGAAGACUGAUGGAACAGGCUUGCAAUAUUAAGGUGCCAACCAAGAAGCUGAAGAAAUAUGAAAAAGAAUAUCAGACCAUGCGAGAAAGUCAGCUGCAGCAAGAAGACCCUAUGGAUAGAUACAAGAGGGAGAACCGGAGAUUGCAGGAAGCCAGCAUGAGGCUGGAGCAGGAGAAUGAUGACCUUGCCCAUGAGCUAGUGACCAGCAAGAUAGCUCUGAGGAACGACUUGGAUCAGGCAGAAGACAAGGCAGAUGUAUUGAAUAAGGAGCUUCUCCUGACAAAACAAAGGCUGGUGGAGACUGAAGAGGAGAAGCGGAAGCAGGAGGAGGAGACUGCCCAGCUAAAAGAAGUCUUCAGGAAACAGUUAGAGAAGGCAGAAUAUGAAAUAAAGAAGACCACAGCUAUCAUUGCUGAAUAUAAACAGAUCUGUUCCCAGUUAAGUACCAGACUGGAGAAACAGCAGGCAGCAAGCAAGGAGGAGCUGGAAGUGGUGAAGGGUAAAAUGAUGGCAUGCAAACACUGCAGUGACAUUUUCAGCAAAGAGGGCUCUUUGAAAUCAAUGGCCACAAGCAAAGAGGACCAGGGGAUUGAAUCUGAUGACGAGAAGGACUCACUUAAGAAGCAGCUGAGGGAGAUGGAACUGGAAUUGGCACAGACCAAACUGCAGCUGGUGGAGGCCAAGUGUAAAAUCCAGGAACUUGAACAUCAGAGAGGAGCACUUAUGAAUGAAAUCCAAGCUGCAAAAAAUUCUUGGUUUAGCAAAACCCUGAACUCAAUCAAAACGGCCACAGGCACACAACCACUGCAGCCAUCACCGGCCACACAGCCGCCGAAGGAGAGCACAUAGUGUUUGCCGGACCUGCACAAGAGCACGAUGAUCAAAGGCUGGAGCCCGAGGUUUCCCCCUGCCGUCCCUUUGAAAGAGAGUGAAGGAGGUCAGAAGGCAAGCCUGAACCUUUCAGCAGCUCACUUGUUCUCUGUGAUACUUCUCAAAGGAACGGGAUCUCAGCUGCCCUGUUUAUGUUGAGUAUCAUGGAGGGUCAUGUCCAGCCCAUCAUAGUGUUGCACAUUAUUUUAUAUGCCUGACAGUUGAGUUGGAAAUAAGUAAUUCAGAGCUAAGUGCUUUUUUUAAUUUAGAGCUAAUAAUUAUUCAUAAUGAUUUUUAUCUUACAUAAGAAUGGAGAUGUCUUUUAUUCUAAGGCUGAAGCGAUUGAUAGGAAGGUAAUUGUCACAGGAAAAAAAAAAUUGAGACCUAAAUCUAUGACUAUUUCAAGAUUUAUUUAGAAAUAGCUCUCUGAGCAGCCAGCCCUCCACCCAGAGUGUCACACCUGGAGAGCAAGACUCCCACUCACCCCUCCCCCCAAAUUACUUUUACAGUAAAGUGAUCCUCAAGAAAUUUCAUUUACUUCCCUAUUCUGUUGUUUGUGUCUGGAAAUAAAGUGCCAAGAGUGAUGGAAUAAGAUGAAUACACACUAGAAAGAAGGAACUCAGGCUCUGUUACAGGCAAGACAGAGCACAUCCUUCUGGGCCUAGCAUUCUAACUAGUACUUUCAAGAACUUCAUGCAGGAAUACCUGAAUGUGCCUAAGUACAAACAUAGUUGUAACUUCUGGCAAAGAGGAGAUUGGGAGUUGUAGCCAUAAAGAGGCUUUAACCUAGCCUAAUAUUCUCUGUUGUGCUUAUAGUUGAAAACAGCUGGGGCUGGAGUAUUUCACUUUACCUGACAUCUACUUGCUAAGGAAACACUACUGUGCUAUCAUUUUGUUAAAAUUGUGAAAUGGGAAAUAAAGGUCAGCUUCACAUCCUCUUAGUUUAAUGUUGGGCAGCUUUACCUGAUUUCCAUAGCUCCCUAGAAAUGUGCCCUUGGCUUCCCUAGAUAAAGAGAUGAAAAUGCAUAUUUGACAUUUUUUAAAUCACAUAUAUAUAUCCUCUAUAGAAAUACUUAUCUCAUGGAAAGGUAAAACUAUUGUUUAAAAGCCUAUUUUAAAAGCCUAUUGGUAUGUUUUUUUUUCCCAAUUAUGUUUAACAUGUCUAUAUAAAUAGCCCUUGCAGGAAGUCAUCUGGUGAGAGAAAAAAAUUUUCUUUUCUUUCUUUUUGUUUUUUUUCCUAAAUUUUUAUUGGGGAAAUGCCGUUUUUAUUGGGAAAUGUCUCAGGGGUACAGUUUCACAUCUCUCAAAAUAUGUGCCGGCACCAAUUUUCCCACUUUUUAAAACUGUUUUGGAGGCCUCUGGUCCUAUUACACUAAACUACUGUCAGCUAUGUACAAAAACCUUUACCGAUACUCCUUGUUAUCAUUGUUGAACAUAUUCUUUGCAGAGAAUCUUAAACUUUAGUGCCAGAGUGAUCCUCAUCUGUGCCAUAUGUUGCAAAGAAAGACUCACACAGGAGCCAUCUCAGCCCUGGGAACUUGUGUUCCAAGGGAAUUGUGGGGGCGCCUCUCCUCUCAUGAUCACUACACUCUUGACAGGGUCCUUCUUUAUGACGCUGGGUGUUUACCAUCUGUGCCCAUAAAACUAUGUGUUUUGUUUUAUUGACCGUUUGCCACACUAUUUAAAUAAUCCUUUAGUUCCAGAUUUUCUUUGUCCUUGUAUCUUCCAUCCAAAUAUUAAUUUUCUUUUACCAAAAAGGAAAGUAACCCAGCAUUCCAGUUGUCUAGCUUGACUCAAAUAUUCUCUACAUAAUGGUUUUAAGCUAAUCUUCUUCCCUUUCUUUCUUUCUCUCUCUCUCUCUCUCCUUUUUUGCUGAAAUGCCUGUAAAACUGCACCUUGGUACUUGUUUCUGUAAAUCACUUAGUGUAAUGUGUUAGCUCUACUAGUACAUUAUGCUUUGAUUCUAAGAAGCCUUGUACAAGUUGCCUUAUCACAGCCAGCUCAAUGAAUGAUGUCCUUUUCUGUUUUAUAAAUUUCAACUUCUACUGUAUAGAACUUUUUUUUUUUUUAACUUCCAGCACAUUCCACAGGAUACUUAAAUUGCAGAAUUUUCUUUACGUGACAGAUAAAUGAAAUAGAUUGGGCUUAGUCUACCUGUGAGCCUUGUUCAAUAUCAUAGUCCUUGCCUUUUAAGUCUUUCAAACGAUUAUAAUAGCAAUCUAUAGAUUUUUAAAAUACCUAACAUCAAGCAUGGUAUUGGUAACCUAAGUCUAAAGUUAAGUCACUGUAAGUUAAACUGUCUAUCACAGCAGUGCCUUUGGGCCGAGGGCAGUAGUGAUAGUAGAAAGAAAAUUCAGAAUCUGGUACAUGAUGUGGAUAUCCAGACAAACAAACCACAUGUCCUUCACCAUGUAUUGUGUGAAAACCUAUGCAGCCGAGCACUAAGAAACUACUGACUUUAAUUAUAGCACUGACUUUGUAAUGUAUUUGAGAAUUGCUUUUCUCUUCUUAAAUUCCUUACAGAGAUCAUAAAUAUCCAGGAACUAUCCAGCCUAAAUAUUCAGAAAAUCAAAUAUUCUAGGGCAUUUCUCAUUUUUUCCUACGAUGUAUAAAACAUUCCUCUCUCCAAAACAACAACAAAAACACAUUCCCUCCCAAAUCCAACAUGUGCAACAUUCUGAAAGUGAUUUCUCUUUUCAUUCAAUUCUGAAGAAUAAUUUAAGGAAUGAAAUUUUACUUGAUAAUUUAUUACCUAUGUAUCUUAAAAACCAUGAUAAUACUUUCUUUAAAACUGGAGGAACAAAAAAACAAGCUGAGCUUUGAAGCACAUAUGUUUGCUAGCUUCCCACAUCUGGAGGUGCCUGACACAAUUUGAUUAUAUUUAGUUACAUAUAAUUUAAUGCAAAGAAAUUGUGAGUUACCUAAUCUUAUCUGACUUCCUAUUAGAAACACUUAGCAGGAAUGCUAUCCAGGCCUAUGGUCUUUCUGUCCAUACAACCAACCUCCCCUCUCCCUCCUCAGCUACUUAAUUAGCCAUUUGUCUCCAUGCAGUUUCUUAAAUUUCUGUAAUACAGAAUUAAUCUUUUACUGUUCACAUAAUUACUUUGUUUCAUUGCUUGACAAAUUUUUACUUUUAUACUAUGUAUUAUUUAUUUUCUCUAUGUCUUACUCUAUUUUCUUUAAAUACUUUCUGGUUAAUAACUAGCAACUUUGUUUCCAUUCUAGAGUGAUAAAAAAAAACCAAGAAAAUGCACAGUUUAGGGCAUUUAGAGAUAAAUGAAAGGUCAUUAAAGAACUGAACAGUCACUUAAAAGUCCCUUAUAUGGGAUUGUGCUUCCUUGUGCUAUAGCCAAAAUAAGUCUACUAAUUUGUAUAGAGGUGGAUGGCUGAUUUCAGGACCCUCACUUUUGGGGGGAGGGAUUUUUUUUUUUUAAUUAAAUAACUAGUUUUAUUUGCCUGCAGAAGAGCACUUUUAACUACUCAGCAAGGUCACUUUUGUAUAGUUAUCCUUGGGGGGAGGAGGGGAACAGCCACAUUAAUAGUUCGGAUUUUCAUGCUUCAAUUACUAGUAAAAGGGGAAAUGGAUGCACUCCGUGCUUGAUGUGAAUACUUUUAGGUGGUGUCUGUGUGUGUUUGGUAGAAUCAUACAGUGUCUCUGCCAAGGUGCAGUCAACUGAAUUUGCACAGGGUGACCUAAAAUCAAAGGGUAGGACCUGAGCUCCCUUCUACCAGACAGAAAAACCUUUCCCACUUGUCACCAUUCCUUUUGAUCGAUGACCACACUGAACCAGAGCUGAUCUAAAACACCUUCUUUUACUUAAUAUCAUAGGGGCAGUCCUUGACCAUGAGAAUUAAUUUACCUCUUAGGAGCACCCCACAUGGACACAUCUGGAUGGCUUUAAGCACCAGAAGAUGAUUUUUAAGAAGCAGAUGUUUACAACCAGAGUAGUCAGGCCUUCCUUUCUGCUUGCAUCUAUAUAAGAGCAUAUAUCAAGCUUAUCUCCAGAUGAAUUGCUACCAGCUACAAAAAUGUCUCCCCUAAAAUGUAUGCAAUUCUCCCCCAGCCCAUGAAGGUUUCUUAUUAAUGGUAUUCUGAAAAGGCUCAAGGAAAGAAAAAGUAUUAAACAGAAAAUGACCAUUUUAAGUUUCUUCCUUUUCAUUGGCAGCAAGUUACCAUGUAAAAUCUUUUCCAUUUAAUACCCUAUAUGUUAUAUAUGGAAUAAAAAGAGACUGAGUUGUGAGUGUACAUAUGCAUCAAGACUCUGAUAUCAUGGAAGUAUCAGAGUAAAGCUGGAGAGAGUCCCAGAAUCUAAGAUGUCGCAGUAGCCUUUUGCAUCACUCUCUAUUUUCAGUAUUUUGCAUAAUGUAUGGAUCCUCUGCUCAAGGGAGGGAAGACAGUCAGCUCUUCCUUUCUUGCAGCUCCUACUUUUCCUUUGCUGAGGAGGUAGCAGAAGAGUCUGUACCAUCUAUAUUUUAAGAAUUUGAUGAUUUUGUCCACACCUUCUCUAAGGAAAAAAGGGGUUGAUUAGCUCAAACAGUGCUGACUACAAAAGAAAGGACAGUGAGCUGCCUCUCCCUCUGCAAACACUGACCAGCUAGGCAUUGUCAGAAUUCAUCCAAGAUGCAUAGUGCACCCCUGAAAUGUAAAUGUGAUGCUUGUUUAAAAAAAAAGUGCGAUUUAUUGCACGUUGUCCCAACAAAUGUUUACUUUUAUAAUUGUUAUGAACUUGAACUGGAUUCAUAUCUUGUUUUCAUGUGUAAAUGAAGCCUUGUGAAAUAAACAAAAUCAACUAAGAAGGUGACAAGUGACUGUUUUGUGAGUCAGUGGUGUUUUCAAAAUAUUGUGUUGCCCUUUCACACCAUAGACAGUAAUAAACAUUUGCUUUAAAGUCCA